AUGAAUACGGACGAUCUCGUUACUCAUAUUCCAUUUGAAACGCGUGUUCAUCAACAAUGCAUCCGUCUUUCCGAUCUUUCACUGCUGUCUUCAAUAGUCAAAUCAGUACAAAACGCGAAGCCGCUGGAAAAUUAUACAAUAUGGAAUAUUCAACAUGAACUAGGCGACGUGACUGCACAAAUCGAAGCACUUUUGGUUCUGGGCGCAUCGCCUUCGAAUUUAUAUUAUUUGCCACCGCCGUAUACGCAUCACAAAAGAUUUGAAAAAUUCGUUAUUGAACAUUUCGGAGUUCCAGAAGAGAACUUCUUUCAUGCAACGCCAUACUGUUUAAGCUACAACUACGAAAAAUAUCGUUUGGCACAGGUUUUAUUUGAAUUGAAUCGACUGAUCACGAUUGAAUUUACGAGACAAAAAGUAACACAUAUGAAAUUACUCGUAUUAGAUAGUGGGGCCUGUUUUGCUGAAGCAUUGGCCCAUCUUUAUGAGAUUGAUGACGGCAAACUAGAUCCAAAUCAACUCGUUGAACAUCUUCCAGCAACAUUGAAAAUUGAAAGAUCUGAUGCAUCAUUGCUUCUAUCACACUUGGAAUCGAUCGAAAUUCGUCUCGUCGAACAAACGUCACGUGGUCUCUUCAAGUAUAUUGAUCAGCCGAGCAUUGAAAAAGCACUGAAUCGAAUCGGAACAUCGAUCAUUGACGUAGCUUCUAGUGAGCCCAAACGACGACUAGAACCAUUGUUGAUUGCCGAAGCUUGUCUAAACAUGUUAUCUUAUUUAUUUUACGAUGCUCCAAAGUCAUUACGAAUUCCAAAACCAUCACAAUUACACAAAUGUCUAUUGCUUGGUUACGGUGCUAUUGGACAAGCAAUCGGUCAUGCUUUAAUGCAUGGUGGUGACUUGGACAUCUUUUCUAAAGGUUCGGUCAAAGUUUGGGAUCAAGAUGCUCCUAGACGUCAACUGGCACAGGACGAUGGUUUCGAAAUAUUCAAUAAUUGGAAUAGCAACGAAGAAUUCGAUUAUGUGAUUGGCUGUACAGGUCGUUGCUCAUUACCGAUGUCGUCUUUUUCGUUAUUACGUGAUAAUGCCUACUUGAUAAGCGUAUCAUCAGGAGCCAUCGAAUUUCCAUUUCAUGAGAUGGUUCAACGUGCAUUAACCGACACUGAAACCGGUCUAUCGAGUGUCCAAAUCAAUGAGCUCACUAGUGAAGAUAUCCAUCGUAAUAUUGAAUUUCACAUCGACAAUCAACGAAAGCUGACUGUCGUCAACGGUGGAAUGCCUAUUACAUUUGUAGGAAUUCUGAAUCCCAUAUUGCCAGAAAAAUUCGACGUCACUCUAAGUUGUAUGAUAGCAGCAAGUAUUCAAGCUGUGCGUGCAAAUCAGCAAACCAAUGAUCCAAAUCGAAUUAUACCGCUUGACUCAACAUAUUCGACCUUAAUUUGUGAUUGGUUUAAGCCUGAAACCGAAAAACACUGCGAUACUACCGAUUGA